GAAGUGAUUCACUUUUAAUUGAGAGAUACUGAAGUGAGGAUACGAAAAUUUCUGGUGCAAAAGUAUUUUCCUACUUUCUCAACAUUUUUAUAUACUUUAUAGAACAGGAGUUUUUCAAGCAAUCAAUCAAUAUGGGAAAAAUUAUCGUAGUUCUUUGUUUCACGCUUCUGGCAAUGACUUUAGUCAUGGCCUGCAAAGGACCUGGAAUGUCGUGCCAAAGUAGCAAUGAAUGUUGCGGAAUGUUUGGCUGCAAUUUAUGGAGUAAAAUGUGCACUGGAGGAAAACCUGCGGGAGUAUAUGGAUCAGGUGCAUGGGGUGGUCCAAGUAGCUGGGGUAAUCCAGGUGCAUGGGGUAGUCCAGGUGCAUGGGGUGGUCCAGCUGGAUGGGGAGGAUGGGGACCAGGAGGGAUAUGGGGACCUGGAGGGGCCCCGGGUUCGGACGUAGAAUGGCCAGCAAAAAAAUCUACUCAACAACCAUAUUAAAUGAUAGUUCGACCUGGAUUUUGUUGCACAAAAUUAUGAUCUUGCACUUAACUUAAAACUAUGUGCGAAUUUGUUCAAUAAUUGAAAAUAUAUACUGUUUAAUCAUCGUAUAAAAUA